AUGGAGUAAUAUUUUAAUUCUGUAACGCAGAGUCCUCAAUAACAAAUUAAAAACUAGACCAAAGAUGGAAAGAUUUAUAUUAGCAAGAUACCUCAAUUAAAGAUUUCUAGCAACUAUAAUGUGAAAGAUAUCAACUUCAACUCUUAAAAUUGGGUUUAGUUAGAUAAAUUUAAGAUAAAACCUUUUGGAGCUUCUCCAAUUAGUGAUAGGGCAUCUACAGCGAUGCUAACUCCUUCUACAUUACGUAGAAAGGUUGUUAGAUCUACUGUAAGCAAUUCUUCUUCUCUACCAAAUGUAAAUUUAUAAAGUCAAACUCAUUCUAGAAAUCAAUCUUAGUAGCUCUAUUAAAUGACUAAUAACAAUGAGUAAGUCAAUAUGUCGAUGACUUCUCCUUAAAACGAUUAGUAGCAAUUUCCUAUGCAACUAUCAUUAAUUCAAACUCAUUAAUCUAUUUAGCAAUCAUAAUAAUCUCCUAACCCUUUUAAUCUUAAACAAAACUAAAUUCAUUAGCAAGCUAGUCGCCUUAUUAUAAAUGAUGUUAUACAUGAGUAAAAAUUUCAAGGCUUUGUAAAGAAAUAUAUAAAUGAAAAUCCAAUCUUCGUUUAGCAUCAAUAAGUUGUCCAAUCACUUGAAAAUAUACCUGAUGAUAUUAAAUAGACUCUUGAUGUUUUAAACAUUUAUAACAAAGAAAAGUUCAAAAAUAUGAGCUUUAACAGUGUUAUAAAUGCCUAAACAAAAGCAGUUUUGUUUUCUUUUUUGGAAAAAUUGUAGAGAGAAAUUUUGGAACAAAGCAAAAAUCGCUUCCAUGAUGGAUUAAUAAAUGAAUUGAUUGUUAUAUUGAAUGAUAAUAUCCCACCAGUAAUAAGAUAAAUUUCUGAUCAAGACAGUCAUCUGGCCAUAUUUUGUGAAGGAUUUUACAAAUUCUUUAUAAUUUUGAUGGAUAAUAUACAAUCAAGACUUCAAUAUAAAAUAAAAAGAGAGAUGAAUCAAAAGUAUGUUGAAAAUGAAAAGUUGAUCUAAGAUCAAAAACAGCAGAUCUAAGAUUUGAAUAAUGAAAUUCUAAACUUGAUGAAAAAAAUAAACGAGGAGUAAAAGAAUACCUUAAACAUUGAAGGAAAGUUAAAAGAGGAAAUAAUUAACCUCAAAACCACUAUUUAAGAGAUGAAAUUCAAUCUAGAAGACAUGCAAAACCUAGAUUUCGCUCCAACACAACUAGAAGGACUUGCUAAAACUACAAGUAAAAUGACGAAUAUGAUUAAAAAAGAGUCUAUUGCAGCUUAAUAAGCUGAAAUCAAGACAGAAUCUUAAUUGCUUACACUCUCAAAUGUUCUCCUUUCUAUUAGCAAAUCUAAAUUCAAUGAUUCAGAUAUUUUUAGUCAAAAAAAUAAUUUUUGCAAUUUCAUUAACAGCAAAGUUAGUCGUUUGUUUGGCGAUCAUCCCUUCACUAAGUGUUUGUAGCAUAUAAAUUUCUUAACAAUGCAGAUUGAUGAUAAAUCUCCUAAUAAUAAAAGGAAUGCCAAAUAAACUCUAAUUUAAUUUUUUCAAAGACAAUUAGCAGUCUAAAAAUCAGAAUCUAACCCUUGCGAUUAGCUGAUUGAGUACCUUUAAAAUGAUGUUUGCUAAGACUAUGAAGAUACUUGCCAGAUGAUUGGUUAUAUAAUUUACUAUUUAUAGGAAAGAAAUUAAAAGGAUACUUUUAGCUAUUUCUUUAGUUAGCUUUUCGGCAUAUUUGAAUAACCUUUACCUAGUAGAGAAGAGGUAAGGUUAUUGAUAAUAAUUUUUUAGAGUUUACAGCAUUUAAAUGAAGAAAAAAAGAAUUUGUAUCCAGAUAAUGAGGAUAUUAGCUAGAUAUCUCCUAUAACUCUCUAAAACGAAAGAUAUGCUAAUAACUAAAAUGCAAGCAUGAACCAAGUCAGAUUUGACUAAAUUAAUGUUAAUAAUACUUAGAUCUAUAAUCCAAUUUCAGAGUUUAACUACUAAAAUAAUUCAAAUUUAGAAUUUAAUAUGCCUUUAGAUACAGUGUUUGAAGAGAUUCCUUGGAACACUGUGAUUAAAGCCUUUGAAUAAUCAGAUUUUAAUUUCCAAUUUAUAGAUGUAAUUAAACAAAAAAUUCAGUUAAAUUAAAUUUCUGUAGUUACUUUUUUGAGUAAACUUUUACAAAUUGUUCAACAAGAGGUUAAAGAUAGCAUUAACUCUCAAAUCAAUCAAGUAAUAAAUAAAUUCCCAAAUCUUUCUACAAACCAAUAAAAGAUAAAUAACCCUGAUCUCAUAAAUUUAUGCUAGCAAUUCAAAAUUAAGCAUCAAAACUUUGUUCAAUACACUUUGUACUUGUAUUAAGAGGAGCUUUCAAUUAAAUAGAGAGUGUUUAAUAAUAAUAGUGCAGAGAUUACUGAUAAUGAAUUUAAUGAUUUGCUUAAAAACUCAUUUUUCCAAAUGAUAAAAUUAUAAAAAUAGUUUAUAUCGCCAUUUAUUGAAAAAAAUCUAUAAAAUGUGUCUUUGAGAUAAGCUUAGACUGUAGUGAUUAAUGAAGACACAAUCAAUAGCAAUAAUAGUUUAGCCUCUAAUGUGGAAAACCUAGGUUCAAGUAUUCACAAGAAAUUAGCAAAAUCUUUCAACAAAAUCAAGGCCCAAAAUACAUUAUCUAGAUUGGGAUCAAAAAAUAAUUUAGAAAGCCCUCUUUCUGAGAAAGGAUAACCAUUAAUUAAGUUAUUAUCAAAAUAAUCUGAAAUGGGCCAAACAUCUCCUAAAAAAGCUAACGAAACCUUACUAAGCUCUGUUAAAUUUUCCAAAUUCAAAAAAUGA